AUGGCCGACUUCCAGAACAUUGCUCAGCAGUUCGUGCAAUUCUACUACCAGACCUUCGACACCAACCGUCAGGCGUUGGCCAGUCUCUACCGUGACCACUCUAUGCUUACCUUCGAAACCUCCUCGGUCCAGGGUGUCAGCGGCAUUGUCGAGAAGUUGACGUCUCUUCCCUUCCAGAAGGUGCAGCACCAGAUCGCGACCUUCGAUGCUCAGCCUUCGAACACGGAGGGCGGCAUCAUGGUCAUGGUCACCGGUGGUCUGCUGGUCGAUGAGGAGCAGAAGCCCAUGAGCUACUCUCAGACUUUCCAGCUUCUUCGUGAGGGUGAGAGCUACUAUGUCUUCAAUGACAUGUUCCGACUCAUCUACCCUGCGUAA